AUGCACAUAUUUUUUAGUUGUUUUAUAAUUUUAUAUUUUUUUGUUAUAUCUAUUCAUGGAAGUGAUGAAGGUAAUUGUAAUUUUGAAAAAGAAUGUCUUUGGGUAUUUGGAAAUGAAAAGGAUGGAGUAGGAGAAAGUAAUUUUUUAAAAAUACUUGGUGUAAGAGAUAGGCAAACAACACAUUUUGCUUAUUUUAAUGGAACAUUUACUAAUCAAAAUGAUAUUGGUAUGAUUAUUUCACCUUAUUUUCAAUAUACUUCACCAAAAUGUGAAUUAAAAUUUAAAUAUAAAAUUAUUGGAAGAGCUGGAAGUAGUAUUACUGUUACAACACAACAAAAAACAUUAACUUCAGAAAAUGUUAAUACAAUUGAUAAUAAUAAUAUUUUUGAUGAUUAUACUUAUGAUGAUGAUAUGAUAUAUUCUAAUCCUAUUCAACAUAAAGUUUUUCAUUCAAAAAGUAGUAUACGUGAUUCAUGGCAAGAGGGUAUUGUUGAAAUUGGUGGUAUAUCACAUCCAACAAGAGUACGUAUAGAAUGUCAUACAAAUGGUCCUACAGAAUGUUUUAUAGAUGAUAUUAUUCUUUAUAAAUGUGAUGAAGAAACAUUUGAAGAAGGUAAUUGUGAAAGUAAACAUACAAAAAAAUAUAAAUGUAAAAGUUCAUUUAAUGGACAUGCAAGAAAUGUUAAAUGUAUUGAAUAUGAUCAGAUAUGUGAUAUGUCAAUUGAUUGUCCAGAGGGUGAUGAUGAAGAUCAUGUAUUACAUAAUUGUACUAUUGUUCCACCAGGUGGAAGAUGUAACUUUGAGAUAUCAAGUAAUUCAAUUGAUAAUAUUAUUGGAUGUGAUGGAUGGAUUCAAGAAUUUUAUGAAGAUAAAAAAUUAAUUGUUAAUAGUACUCCAUCAUAUAGUUUAGUUGACAUAAAUGGAGCAUUAAAAAUAGAAGGAGAUAUGAAAAGAAUACCAUUUCAUGAUCAUACAUUUAGUAAAUUUAAUAAAUCAGGACAUUUUUUAUGGAGAACAUAUCAAAAUACAGAUUUAUUAUCAAAAACAAAAUCAAUAUUAAAAUCACCAUUAUUUCCACCAAUGUCUCCACUUAUAGAUGAUCCAACAUCUCCAUUAUAUGAAAGUUGUCGUUUAAAUUUUUUUUAUUGUUACUAUGGAACAACAGUACCAUCAUUAAAAGUUUUUAUUGAAAAUAAUUCAAUACCAAAAUAUACAACAGAUAUUUGGAAUGCCUUAUUUCAUCGUGAAUUUUCAUCAUCAUCAUCACAUUGUUUAUGGGAGAAGGCAUCAAUAAAAAUUCCUAGACAGGGAAAAUCUUAUCGUAUAGCAUUUACUAAUUCUCCUGUUCUUGAUAUGGCAAUAUCAUUUGCACUUGAUGAUAUAUCAUUAACACCUGGUUGUUUUAUUGAUACAAAAAAUGAAGAAGAUGAUUAUAUACCAUUUGUUUAUAAUAUUUCAACAAAACAAGAUCCUAAUAAUGAAAAUAUUUAUAAAAAUGUUAUUGUUGAAAAAAAUAAUUUUAAAAGUUUAACACUUCCCAUGACAACAGAAUAUUAUAUUAAAUUAUGUGGUGGUAGUGGUGGUAAAUUACCAUUUCAAAGAUAUUCUAAUAAUGGUGGAUGUAUUUCAUUUUAUAAAAAUUAUACCAUAAAUACUGUAUUAACAUUUAUUAUUGGAGAAAAAGGUAAUACUCCAUGUAUGAAUAUUAGUAAUAUUUCAACAAAUUUAUCCUCUGAAAUGAUUAAUGAAGGAAAAAAAAUUGCAUGUUCUGGAAAUCCUAAAAUAGCUGAAGAGUUAUUCUCAAAUAUGGAUGAAAAUUUAAGAAGAAUUCUUGAAAUUCCUGCAACAUCUGGUGGUGGAGGAACUGUUAUGUUUGAUGGUAAUAAAGUUUUUGCUGUUGCUGGUGGUGGUGGUGGAAUUGUACCAGAAAUUUAUGCUAAUGUUAUUUUAGAAAAAGAUGAUACAAUUGGAACAGAUGGAGGUGUUUUAUUUGAUAAAAAUAAACAUUUUAAAUUAUUAAAAACAAUUUCAUAUAAUAAUUGGAAAGCAGGUCAUGGUGGUAGUAUUUUUGAUAAAAUUAAUAUUGAAUGUAAAGAUAAAAUAUGCCCAACAAAUAAUGGUAUAAUAAAUUUAAAAAAUUCUUCUGGUGGUUAUUGUUCACAAGGUUUUCAUUGGAAUAUUUAUGGAGGUUUUGGUGGUGGUGGAGCAUCCUGUGCAACAUCUGGUGCUGGUGGUGGUGGUUUUAUAGGUGGUCCAUCUGGAAAUAAUACUCAUGGUUCUGGUGGUUUAAGUUUUAUUUUAGAUAAAAAAUUAAAAUAUAAAAAUGAUAUUGGUGAUAAUAAUGGUGAUGGAUAUGUAUUAGUUUAUACAUGUAAGUUAGAUUGUUUAAAACCAGCUGUUUGUAGAUUUGUUCAAAAUUAUGGAAAUGAUGGUAUUAAAGAAAUAUGUCAAUGUGAUAAUGGAAAAGAAGUUAAAGAAAAAAUUGGUGAUUGUAAUGGAGAAUAUUUUAUAGAAAAUAAUAUUGAAACAUUUUUUUAUAGUAUAAUAUCAACAUGGAAAUAUAUUAUUCUUAUUCUUAUUACAGGAAUGCUUCUUUUUAUAUUAAUAUUACUUUUCUUAAAAAAAUAUUGUUUUGCAAAAAAAAGAAAAGAUAACAAACUUAUUUUUAAUGGUACAUUAAAUAAUUCACAAUCAUUAGACUUUUUUGUAAAUCAACUUUCACCAAUUUAUGAAUCUAUUGGUGGAUUACCUCCAGCUGCUCUGGCAACUAUACCACAAAUUCAACGAUCUGAUUUAACAUUUAAACAAUUAAUUGGACAAGGUGCAUUUGGUGAAGUUUAUGAAGGUGUUUUAUUUGUUGGUAAAGCUGAAAUACCAGUUGCUAUAAAGACACUCCUUCCAACAGCAACACAGGAUGGUAUAGAAGAUUUUGCAUUGGAGGGAUUUACUAUGAGUCGUUUUAAUCAUCCUAAUAUUGUUCAAUUUUUUGGUUGUAUAUUAGAUGAAUCACCUAAAUGUUUAGUUCUUGAACUUUUAGAUGGUGGUGAUUUAAAAAGUUUUUUAAGAGAUAAUCGUCCUGAUAAAAGAAUAUCAAAUAAUACAAAAUUAUUAUAUAAAAGUGAUGAACCAUUAAUAAUGUAUGAUUUAGUUUAUCUUGCUUAUCAAAUAGCUAAAGGAUGUGAAUAUUUAGAACAAAAUAAAUUUAUUCAUAGAGAUAUUGCUGCAAGAAAUUGUCUUAUUGGUGGUUGUAAUAGAAAUAAUAGAAUUGCUAAAAUAGCAGAUUUUGGUAUGGCAAGAGAUAUUUACAAAUCUGAUUAUUAUAGAAAAGGUGGUAAAGCUAUGCUUCCUGUUAAAUGGAUGCCAUGUGAAGCAUUUUUAGAUGGUAUAUUUACUUCUAAAAGUGAUGCUUGGGCAUAUGGUAUUUUAUUAUGGGAAAUAUUUUCAAUGGGUUAUUUACCAUAUCCAGGAAGAAAUAAUCAAGAAGUUAUGCAAUUGGUUGUUUCUGGUGGAAGAUUAGAACCACCAACAGGAACACCAAAACAAAUUUAUAAUUUAAUGUUAAAAUGUUGGAAUACAUAUCAAGAUGAUAGACCAACAUUUUCUGAAAUUGUUUAUGUUCUUGAGGAUGUUUUAUCAGAACAAUCAUUAAAACAUGAACCUUUACCUCCAAUGAUGCAUAAAGUAAAUGAAAUAAAUACAUAUAAUGCUCCACAAAAUUUUCAUAUGUCAUCAUCUAUUCAUCAUGAAAGUGAAGAGGAUGGUUUGUUGCCUCAGUCAAUUUCAAAUAUGACAAUGUCAACAACAUCAGGAUCUAUUAAUAUGCCAUAUGAAGAAAAAAUACCAGUUGAUUCUGUGACAUUAAAUGUUUUCCCACCUUAUCAGUCAAUAAAAAGAUUAUCAGAAAUUAAAACAUCUGAUCAAAAAAAUUCACAAUUAAGUGUUUUUUAUAAACCAAGUAAUGAAAAAGGAGAUGAAGAAGCAACAUUACUUGGAUAUGAAGCUGGUUCUAGAAAACCAAUUGUUGGUAGUGAUAAUUAA